GCCAGAAAGUGCGCUCGGAGAGAAAGAAACAUCGCUUCAAACUGUUUAUCCUGACGUCAGUUUGAACAGCUCGCACUGCCCCCGUAUCAUUUCACGCGACUCUGAACUGAGCGUCGGCUGGAUUUUGGGAAUCGAUGAACGGGAGUGGGUCCACAACUUCACAGUCCAAACUACUGGAGCCACUGAAAUGAUUUCGGCUUGUUUUCCUAACUGGACUAACAGCAUAAAAUGAAUACCUGCGCAUUUCUCUUGAUCCUGGCUGUUCAGAUUCACGCCGACAGCGUAGAGGGACCAACAGCGGGCUGCACGUUUGAUGAGGACUCCGACCCCAGUCUGUGUGAGUUCAGCCAAGGGGAGGAGGAUGACUUUGAUUGGCAGCUGUUCCGCGCUCAUGCCUCGCCACACUCCUCCUCUGAUCUCCUGCGUGGCUCCUACAUGAUGGUCAACUCCUCCCAGCAUGCAGCAGGGCAGAGGGCGCAGCUUCUGCUGCAGACACUAAGUGAAAACGACACGCACUGUGUGCAGUUCAGCUACUUCCUGUACAGCAGAGACGGCCACAGCCCAGGGGCACUGCAGGUUUAUGUGCGGGUCAAUGGUGGGCCGCUUGGCAUUCCCGUGUGGAACGUCUCUGGCUCGCGUGGACGACAGUGGCACCAGGUGGAACUGGCAGUCAGCACUUUCUGGCCAAAUGAGUACCAGAUAUUGCUAGAGGCGACUGUGGACCGCAAAGGCUACAUUGCAGUUGAUGACAUACUCCUGUUGAACUACCCCUGUUAUAAAGCCCCUCAUUUUUCCCGCCUGGGAGAUGUGGAGGUCAAUGCUGGACAAAAUGCCACUUUCCAAUGUGUGGCAGCUGGACGUCCCUCUGAAGCAGAGAAGUUUCUGUUGGAGCGGCACAAUGGUGAAGUGUCUUCAGGUGGUUCUGUCAAGCACUUAGGCCGCAACCGCUUCUCAGUGUCCUUUCAACUGGAGGGUGUCCAGAAGCCAGAGCAGGACCUCUACCGCUGCGUCACGCAGUCCUCCAGAUGCUCAGGCGUCUCCAACUUUGCUGAACUCAUCGUCAAAGUUCCCCCAUCUCCCAUUGCUCCGCCCCAGCUGUUGAGAGCGGGCUCCACAUAUUUGAUCAUUCAACUAAACACAAACUCCAUUCUGGGUGAUGGCCCCAUCAUCCGUCGGGAAAUCGAAUAUCGGGCCAGCCAGGCACCUUGGUCGGAGAUCCUUGGAGUUAACAUGGUUACCUAUAAGCUCUGGCACCUGGAUUCAGAUACAGAGUACCAUAUCAGUGUGCUGCUCACCCGGCCGGGUGAGGGUGGGACCGGGCCACCAGGACCACCCCUCAUCAGCAGAACCAAAUGUGCAGAGCCCAUGCGGGCACUGCGUGGUCUUAGAGCCUCGGAGAUCCAGUCCCGGCAGCUGACCUUGCAGUGGGAGACGCCAGCCUUCAACCUGACCCGCUGCCACACGUACUCAGUCUCCUUGUGUUACCGCUACACAACCGCAGGGGGCGGCGGUGGGCACAACACCACAGUGAGAGAAUGCCUGGCUGUGGAACACAACACUUCACGCUUCACCCUCAGAGAUCUGCCUCCCUUUCACACCAUCCAAAUACGCCUGGCACUCGCCAACACCGAGGGCAAGAAGGAAGGGAAGGAGGUCAUGUUUCAGACUGAGGAGGACAUUCCCGGAGGUAUUGCUCCUGAGUCUCUUACCUUCACGCCACUGGAGGAUAUGAUCUUCCUGAAGUGGGAGGAGCCGGUGGAACCCAACGGCCUCAUAACACAGUACGAGAUCAGCUACCAGAGCAUUGAAUCAUCAGAUCCCGGGAUCAAUGUUCCAGGUCCGAGGCGCACAGUAUCCAAACUGAGGAAUGAGACAUACCAUAUGUUCUCCAACCUGCAUCCUGGCACCACCUACCUGAUCUCUGUUCGGGCACGCACCGCCAAAGGCUUCGGCCAAACAGCUCUCACUGAGAUCACCACCAACAUCUCUGCACCUACAUUUGAAUAUGGAGACAUGCCAUCCCCUCUGAGUGAGACAGAAAGCACCAUUACAGUCCUGCUGCGUCCAGCACAAGGCCGAGGAGCCCCAGUCAGCACAUAUCAAGUGAUCGUGGAGGAGGAAGCUGGUAGGAAGGUGAAGAGAGAACUGGGUGUUCAGGACUGCUUCCCCAUUCCCACAUCUCACGGUGAGGCUCAGGCCCGUGGAGCUCCACACUACUAUACAGCCGAACUUCCCCCCAGCAGCCUGCCUGAGGCUACACCAUUUACUGUGGGGGACAACCACACCUACAACGGCUACUGGAACAGCCCUCUGGACCCCAGGAAGAACUACCUCAUCUACUUCCAGGCAAUGAGCAACUUCAGAGGUGAAACAAGGAUAAACUGCAUCCGCAUUGCCCGUAAAGCCGCCUGUAAAGACCAUCAGCGAGCUCUCGAGGUCACGCAGCGCUCAGAGGAGAUGGGGCUCAUCCUAGGAGUGUGUGCUGGUGGGCUGGUGGUCCUGAUAUUGCUACUGGGGGCCAUUAUCAUAAUCAUUAAAAAAGGAAGGGAUUACUACUCAUACUCUUAUUAUCCUAGGAAGCCGGUGAACAUGAAUAAGACCCCCAUUACGUACAGGCAGGAGAAGAGUAAUAUGAUGGGCUCCAUGGAGCGCAGUUUCACUGAUCAGAGCACUCUGCAGGAGGACGAGAGGAUGGCCUUGUCAUUUAUGGACACCCAUACGUGCAGCACUCGCAGUGAUCCACGGAGCUCUAUGAAUGAGUCCAGCAGUCUGCUGGGCGGAUCGCCUAGACGUCAGUGUGGCCGUAAAGGAUCACCCUAUCACACGGGUCAGCUUCACCCAGCAGUGCGUGUGGCUGACCUCCUACAACACAUCAACCAGAUGAAAACUGCAGAAGGUUACGGCUUUAAACAGGAGUACGAGAGCUUCUUUGAUGGCUGGGAUAUCAAUAAGAAGAAGGAUAAAACUAAGGGAAGGCACGACACCCUGAUGGGUUAUGACCGUCACAGGGUGAAAUUGCACCCGCUGCUCGGUGAUCCCAACUCCGACUAUAUCAACGCCAAUUACAUCGAUAUUCGGAUAAACAGGGAAGGUUACCAUCGAUCCAACCACUUCAUCGCCACUCAGGGGCCCAAGCAGGAAACAGUGUAUGAUUUUUGGAGGAUGGUUUGGCAAGAGAACUGCUUUAGUAUCGUCAUGAUCACCAAGCUAGUGGAGGUGGGCAGGGUGAAAUGCUGUAAGUAUUGGCCAGAUGAGUCAGAGAUGUACGGAGACAUUAAGAUCACGCUGCUGAAGACCGAAACUCUGGCGGAGUACACAGUGCGAACUUUUGCCCUGGAGCGGAGGGGAUACUCUGCUAAACACGAAGUGUGUCAGUUUCACUUUACAUCGUGGCCUGAACAUGGAGUCCCAUACCAUGCCACGGGUCUGUUAGCCUUCAUUCGGCGGGUCAAAACCUCCACGCCACUCGACGCAGGGCCUGUGGUGGUCCACUGCAGUGUGGGAGCAGGCAGGACAGGAUGCUAUAUAGUGCUGGAUGUAAUGCUGGACAUGGCGGAGUGUGAAGGAGUGGUGGACAUCUACAACUGUGUGAAGACCCUCUGCUCUCGCCGUAUCAACAUGAUCCAGACAGAGGAGCAGUACAUAUUCAUUCACGAUGCCAUCCUGGAGGCGUGUCUGUGUGGGGAGACGGCCAUCCCAGUAAACGAGUUCACCUUGGCUUACAAAGAGAUGCUGAGGGUGGAUUCUCAGAGCAACUCUUCACAGCUACGAGAGGAGUUCCAGACGCUAAACUCUGUGACUCCUCAUCUGGACGUCGAGGAGUGCAGCAUCGCCUUGUUACCCCGAAACCGUGAGAAGAAUCGCAGCAUGGACGUUCUCCCACCUGACAGGGCCCUCGCCUUCCUGGUCACCACUGAGGGAGAGAGUAACAACUACAUUAACGCGGCACUGAUGGAUAGUUUCCACCGGCCUGCUGCCUUCAUUGUAACCCCACACCCACUGCCCGGCACAACCUCUGACUUCUGGAGGCUAGUGUUUGACUACGGCUGCACCUCUGUGGUCAUGCUGAAUCAGCUGAACCAAUCAAACUCUGCUUGGCCUUGUGUGCAGUACUGGCCUGAACCAGGUCUUCAGCAGUAUGGUCCUAUGCAAGUGGAGUUUCUGUCCAUGUCUGCAGAUGAGGACAUCAUCACCCGGCUUUUCCGGGUCAAAAAUGUGACAAGACUGCAGGAGGGUCAGCUGGUCGUGUGCCAGUUCCAGUUCCUGCGCUGGUCUGCGUACCGUGACGUGCCUGACUCCAAAAAGGCCUUCCUCAACCUGCUGGCCAGCGUGCAGAAGUGGCAGAGGGAGUGUGGGGAAGGUCGUACCGUCGUCCACUGCCUGAACGGCGGUGGCCGCAGCGGAAUGUACUGUGCCAGCAACAUCCUGAUGGAGAUGAUCCAGUACCAGAACAUGGUGGACGUCUUCUAUUCUGUCAAAACUCUUCGUAAUGCUAAGCCCAACAUGGUGGAGACACUGGAGCAGUAUCGUUUCUGUUAUGAGCUGGUUCUGGAGUAUUUGGACUGCUUGGAGGUCAGAUAGCGGAAAAGCCCCCCUCUCCCCCCCAAUCCCAUCAUGCUGAGCUCACUGCAUGGAGCUGGACCACCGGCAGGCUCCCUUAUCACCACUGCUUCCCUUCUUUCUGUCGUCUUACCCAGAUCAUAAAGCCGAAGGAAGAAGCGGAGUAGAGUUUUCUGCCUUUUUGCCCCAAACACCUAAAUAUGUUACACCCUUCUGUGUCAUGGCUGUUUUUUCGGUUUAGGAUAUUUUCAGCAUAUUUUCCUCAGAACUGUGAGCAAUUCCAGAGCCUGGCUUGGUGCGGUGUGGUUGGUUUAUCUCUGCUUGCAGAGAUAGUGGGCCGCUUCUAAAAAUGGCAGUUUUAUUUUACACCUGCCUGUUUCUCUCUGGCUGGCUGGACUGAAGAGCAAAGAUAAACAUCACUUGGAGAAGGUCUCUUCACGUGCAGCACAGUGGAGUUGAGAGCUGGGUGUCUUUACCAUGGCUCUUAAAAAGGAGUUGGGCAUCUGCCAUGCCACUUAAAAAGCACCAAAAGGACAAACACACAAAUGCAUGCACAAACGUUGACAUCCACACACACACAGAUUCAACCAGCAGACAGCUUUCCAUCAACUGUCUAUCAAGAAGCCAAUGCCUCUUCAUCGCAAAGGAAAUGCUGUUUCACCAACAUUUAGCGAUACAUGUCUUUUCUCUGAGGAUUGGUUCUUGUAUCAUCGAAGGCAGAGUUUAUUUCUAUAUAUGGUGCCAUAUGUCUCAAGAGGAGAUUGACAGGAGAGUUGGGAGGCCAGGUUGCCCCACUGUGGCUUUCCUAUCUUGUUGUAACUGUUGUCUUUUUCCUCUUACUUGUAUAUAUAUAUACUUAACGUCUGCUGGAAAUCUCUUGUCUUAAGGUGCAAGUCUCAAGUGCUAACAGUGGCCUGUGUGCUUAAAGCAAAGGAAGUACAUUAGGGGCAGACAUGAUGGCAUUCUAAAGCUUGUGGUGGAUUACACCCUGACCUUUAUCCUCUCACUCAGUGGUUUUGAGAGAGCACAGUUAAUAGUCCUUUUACAACGGAGCUGCAAAACGGGAACGGAGGCCAAACUGUGUCAGAAGUGAGGAGAAAGGGAGCAGAAGGAACACCGCCAAUCUUCUUCUUUUCACUUGUAACUAUUUAUCGGACUGACUCGUGUUCUUUCAGUGGAUUUGUUUAAUAAUUGUGCAGCUUUGAGUGUACAGCUGAAUCCUGGGCUCAAGAUUUUUCAAAGCAUUCGUUUAAGUUUACAUAUUCACAGCAUUGCAGUAUGUGAUGGGUUUUAUUUGCCAUUUUAAGAGCCUGGAUACACAAUGCUUAAUCAUCUUAUUGUCAAGUGUGCAAUUCAUGAAUACAUUACUGUGGUGUCUGAUGAGGUUUUUUUUUUUUUUUUUCAAGCAUCAGAGGUACAAAUCCCAUGUUAGCUAGUCGAAUUUCUGUUUUAAGAUGGUAAUUUUGACCUUUCAUACCUCAGAAGUCCAUUAUUAAAUCUAUAUAUUUAUAGUUAUACAGUUGCAAUUUUUUGUUUUGUUUUUGUUGCCACACUGUAAAAUCAAAUCAUCAAAAUAUCUUGCUUUUAAUUAAGAUUCUUAGAGAUUGGUAACGGAGUUACCAAAGAUUGUUCCAUAGAAAAUGAAUUGAAAAUAUACUUAUAUACUGUACUGUAAAAUUUAAUGUGACUUUCUGAGGUUAAAAUCAAAAUUUUCUUGAGUCAAAUAACCUUCUUACAUUUACGCAUUUAGCAGACGCUUUUAUCC